ACUCUUGAGAAGAAAAUGAGCAACAUCUACGAAUCGGCGGCCAACACGCUGGGACUUUUUAACAGUCCUUGUCUGACGAAAGUUGAGUUACGGGUGGCGUGCAAAGGGAUUUCAGAUCGGGAUGCGCUUUCCAAACCAGACCCCUGUGUGAUCCUCAAAAUGCAGUCGCACGGCCAGUGGCUGGAGGUUGACAGAACAGAAAUCAUUCGGAGUUCCAUAAACCCGGUGUUCUCCAAGGUGUUCACUGUGGAUUUUUACUUUGAAGAAGUGCAGAGGCUACGGUACGAAGUUCAUGACAUCAGCAGCAACCACAACGGCUUAAAAGAUGCCGACUUCCUCGGUGCCAUGGAAUGCACACUCGGUCAGAUUGUAUCUCAACGGAAACUUUCAAAAUCACUGAUGAAACAGGGGAAUACGGCAGGCAGAUCGUCAAUAACGGUGAUUGCUGAAGAGCUUUCUGGGAACGACGACUACGUUGAACUUUCUUUUAGUGCAAGAAAAUUGGAUGACAAGGACUUUUUCAGCAAGUCAGAUCCAUUUCUGGAAAUUUUCAGAGUAAAUGAUGAUGCCACACAGCAGCUGGUGCACAGGACUGAGACAGUCAUGAACAAUUUAAACCCAGUUUGGAAAACCUUCAAAGUGUCAUUGAACUCCUUGUGUAGCGGGGACCACGACCGAAAGCUGAAGGCAAUUGUUUGGGACUGGGACUCCAAUGGGAAGCACGACUUCAUCGGAGAGUUCCAUUCAACGUUUAAAGAAAUGCGAGGAGCCAUGGACGGGAGACAGGUACAAUGGGAAUGCAUAAAUCCAAAAUACAGAGUGAAGAAAAAGAAUUACAAGAAUUCAGGAAUCGUAAUUCUAAAUCAGUGCAAGAUUCACAAGAUGCACUCAUUCCUCGAUUACAUCAUGGGUGGAUGUCAGAUCCAGUUUACGGUAGCUAUCGAUUUUACAGCAUCCAACGGUGACCCUCGAAACAGCUGCUCAUUGCACUACAUUCAUCCGUACCAGCCUAAUGAAUACCUGAAAGCACUGGUGGCCGUUGGUGAGAUAUGCCAGGACUAUGACAGUGACAAAAUGUUUCCAGCAUUUGGUUUUGGGGCAAGAAUACCACCGGAUUUUAAAGUCUCCCAUGAUUUUGCCAUCAACUUUAAUGAAGAUAACCCAGAGUGUGCAGGUAUAAAGGGGGUUGUCGAAGCAUAUCAAAGCUGCCUUCCAAAGAUUCAACUCUACGGACCAACAAACAUAGCCCCCAUUAUUCAGAAGGUAGCGAGCUCUGCCUCCGAGGAAAUGCACACAAAAGAGGCAAUGCAAUACUUCAUCCUCUUGAUCCUGACAGACGGAGUGAUCACUGACAUGGCUGACACCCGAGAGGCCAUCGUUCACGCCUCCCACUUGCCCAUGUCGGUGAUCAUCGUGGGAAUCGGCAACGCGGACUUCAGUGACAUGCAGAUGCUCGAUGGAGAUGAUGGGAUUCUCAGGUCUCCAAAGGGUGAACCAGUCCUUCGUGACAUUGUCCAGUUUGUGCCCUUUAGAAAUUUCAAACAUGCGUCCCCGGCCGCACUCGCCAAGAGCGUUUUAGCAGAGGUGCCCAACCAGGUGGUGGACUACUACAACAGCAAGGGCAUCAAACCACAGUGUCUGCCCGACUUUGAGUCUUCCAGGACGUUUGAACCCUAACUUCUUCAGCCACUUUUACUUAGUUGAGAAAAAAGCAAAAAAAGCAAAACAAACAAAAAAAAAAAAACAAAUAGCACGUUUUGGUGAUUUUUAACUACAUUUUUUGCAUGAGUAGCCAUAAGGCUUGCAUCUGUGAAGCAGUUGUAUUGUUGAAGACAUAUUUUUACUAAGGAAAAAGAACAUGACUUCUUACUUAAGAGCAUGUCGCCUUGAAAAAUGAUAUAAAAAAUAAGAAAUCUCUGUAUCCGUUUUAUACAGGUUUGUUGAGAUUUUGCUAAAUUUCUUAAUAUUCUUACAAUGUAAAGCAUUUUGGAUGAAUUAUUGGACGUUGAUAGCUCUCUGUCUUAGUAUCAUCUGCUACGAAUGGAUUUCUUUUUUUUUUUAGAGAAAGCAGAUGCAUGAAGUGUAUUUUGCAUGUCAAAAAAAUAAAAGAUAUUGUUUUUAA